UCCAAGAAAUAAAUUAAGACUGAACCAAUGACGUAGAAUAAAACGUUCUAGAUUAUAGGGGUGGAUAAAUUUACGACGCUGUACUCUACCGGACUACUUUGGGGAAUGUGCCAACGGAAGUUGGUCCGGCUGUGAUUUUCUUCCGCCUAAAUUCAAAACAAGACCGACCUUAUCUGCUGUAAGUGCAAGUUUUAACAGUUGCUGUUAGGACAUUUAAAUUAGAUGUUACAUUUAAUUGUUCGCUUACGUAAAACGUGUAAAAUGUUGGUGUUGAAACGGAGCGACAUUGUUUCAUGUCGGUCGGUACGUUUGAAAUAAAUUAGAACCAAUUUAUCGUAAAAAUAUGUUAAAACGCAUGUAAUUUGGUCAUAUUUAUCAGUUAAGUAUGUUAAAACAAGUUAUUCGGCUGCUGUACUUGUUCGAGUCUCUCAAACGCUAAAGCCGACGUAACAGAAUAUCUAGAAAACACGUAAAUAUUGACAAAAGUACUGAGAAGGAAAAGAUCAAGGAAGGCCAUGGAUGUAGACGGGAGGUCCCGCAGUCGGGUGUGGGAUUGGGAAAGUCCUUAUUGCCGGGGCCAGCUGGACGAAAUCUUUUUCCGUCCAAACGAUUACAUCCAAGCCGGCACGCAAGAACACAAAGACUUCUGGGCGUUUUUCGACCGCUUCCAGAGCUUCAAGCUAAAGAAGGAUAUGUGUGGAUCCGGUCCCAGCCUUGAUGAUGGUAGAGACGUAGUUCAAACCGGGUCUUUGGACCUUCCUAAGGAGUAUGACCCCCGAUACCGGAUCAACGUGUCUCUGGUAUCCAGAGACAUCGAAGAACGUCUCGGGCGAUCACACACGAACCAAAGCAGACGCGACUCUUCGGGUCCGAGCGGUCAUGUGAUCUCGGACUUUCGUCUGUCCUUGUUGCACUACCUGGACUUCAGCCAGCGGCAGAGCUUCGGCAAGCUGGCCAAGCUGCAGCGCGAGCAGAAGAACCUGCCCAUCUUCCAGUACCGAGACCGCAUCGUGGACCUGGUCAGGCGCCACCCGGUGGUCGUGGUGGCGGGAGACACCGGCUGUGGCAAGUCCACUCAGGUGCCCCAGUAUCUCCUCUGGGCCGGGUUCUCCCACAUAGCAUGCACCCAACCCCGACGCAUUGCCUGCAUUUCCUUGGCCAAGAGGGUCAGCUUCGAAAGUCUCAACCAGUAUGGCUCAAAGGUGGGCUACCAGAUCCGCUUCGAAACUACACGCACUACUGCCACUAAGCUGAUCUUCCUAACAGAAGGUCUGCUGCUGAGGCAGAUCCAGCAGGACAAAAUGCUGGAGCAGUAUCAAGUGCUGAUCGUGGACGAGGUACACGAGCGCCACCUGCACGGUGACUUCCUGCUAGGCGUGCUGCGCUCGUUGGUGGCUGAUCGACCAGACGACUUGCGGCUCAUUCUCAUGUCGGCCACCAUCAACAUCAAGCUCUUCUCCGACUACUUUGGUGGCGCUCCCGUGCUGCAGGUGCCUGGGAGACUCUUCCCCAUCCAGGUGAUCUAUCAGCCUAUUCCCCCUGAAGAGCAGGCAGCGUCCCGUACAGAGAAACUGGAGCCCCGACCGUACCUGCGCAUCCUACAGACCAUCGACCAGCGCUACCCGCCAGAGGAGCGAGGCGACCUGCUUAUCUUCCUGAGUGGCGUAGCCGAGAUCAGCGCCAUCCAAGAGGCGUGUCAGGUGUACGCCACGCACACGCGCCGUUGGAUCGUGUUGCCACUGCACAGCACGCUCUCGCUGGCUCAGCAGGACAAGGUGUUUGACAUAGCGCCUGCUGGUGUGAGAAAGUGCAUCAUCUCCACCAACAUCGCAGAGACCUCAGUCACCAUUGACGGCGUGCGUUUUGUUGUCGACUCAGGCAAGGUGAAAGAGAUGAGUUUUGACCCAAAGGCCAAGAUGCAGCGUCUUCAGGAGUUCUGGAUCAGCAGAGCCAGCUCGGAGCAGAGGAAGGGCCGUGCUGGUCGCACGGGUCCCGGUGUGUGUUACCGCCUCUACGCUGAGUCAGACUAUGACGCCUUCGCUUCCUACCCUGUCCCUGAAAUUCACCGGGUGGCGCUGGACUCCCUGGUUCUUCAGAUGAAGAGCAUGGGACUCGGCGAUCCACUUAAGUUUGUCUUCAUCGACCCUCCGCCGGCCGCCAGCAUCCAGACCGCUAUUACCUAUCUCAAGGAGCAGGGGGCGCUGGACCACCGAUGCGAGCUGACCACCAUCGGGAAUGUGCUAUCCCAGCUCCCUGUUGACGUCGUAAUUGGCAAGAUGCUGGUCCUGGGCUCCUUGUUCAACCUGGUGGAGCCUGUGCUGACGGUAGCUGCUGCUCUCAGCGUUCAGUCGCCGUUCCUGCGCAGCUCGCAGCACAAUCCCGACUGCGCCACCGCCCGCCAACCGUUGCAUUGCAACCAGGGAGACCCCUUUACACUGCUUAACACCUUCAACGCCUGGGUGGAAGUGAAGGGCGAGAGAGGUGGCGGUUCCAGGAAGUGGUGUCGUCGGCGAGGCCUAGAGGAGCAGCGACUUUACGAGAUGGUAAACCUGCGCAGACAAUUCAAGGAGCUACUGAAGAGCCACGGCUUGCUGGAGGCGGAAGCCAAUGACAACGACCACAGCGACCGGCAGCAGCGGCGUGAACGUCUGACGGAAAGGAGGAAGCUUCAUCAGCUGAAGAGAGAUCAUGAGCAGCAGGAGGGCACCAAACGCAAAGUCCUCAGGAUGGAAGAAGGCCAGGAAGGGGAGUUCUCCUCCGGAUCCGAUGCAGAGGAACUGGGACGAGGAAGGAGCAGGAAGAAGGACAAGGACAGAGCCAAUGUGGACAUUCAGGAAGUGAAGUUCAAGCUUCGCCACAACGUGUCAGAGCUGCAGGACGCUGUCAACAUCAGUCAGGAUUUGUCGUCCCGCCAGCAAGCUCUUCUCAAGCUUCUUCUCUGCCGUGGUCUCUACCCUCAGCUGGCUCUGCCCGAUGAGCACAACGGCACCCGCAAGGAUACCGAGCAGGUGUUCCAUACGAAAAAUAAGCAGGGGAUCGUGAUUCAUCCCACAAGUGUCUUUGCCAGCGAUCCUGAGGUAUUACAUGUGAGGAACGAUGCCCAAGAUACGGGACGAGACAGCAGCAAGCAUCAGCUGCUUGCCUUCGUCACCUUGCUGGAGACCAACAGGCCAUAUUUGUCCAACUGUGUCCGUGUUCCUGCACUGCAGGCUCUGUUGCUGGUGGCCAACUCACUGGACAGCAAUGCCGAUUGCUCCCGUCUGGUCGUGGAUGGCUGGCUGGAACUUCAAGUGAAGGUGCCCGAGGAGGCUCUCAGGGCACUGUCCACAGCACUCAGCCUUCGGGCCGAGUGGGAGCGCCUCCUGCAAGCCCAGCUGGGGCUGAGUCCCACUGCCGAGGUCUCUCAGAAGUCCAUGCAGAAGCUAAGUGAGCGCCUUGUCCGCUUUCUGCUUUAUACUGAGAUCAACUACAGUCUGCAGCGUCUCUCCGCUCUCAACACUCAGAACCUGUACAUCGGACCUCAGGCCGCGUCAGAACUUUCCCUCGGUGUCGGUCUCACGCAGCUGUUUCCGAGCGCUGAGGCCAAGCCGGACCCCGUCAAGGGAGGCCUGCGCGUCACUAACUUUUUCACGUACAACUGUCUGACCGAUUCCAGGGACCUGUAUAGCGAUUGCCUGCGUACAUUCUGGAACUGUCCCAACUGUGACCUCUACAUGCCUCUGACCCCUUUGGAGCGAAUGCAGCAUGAGACUACCUGCAGGCCAGCAGGAGAACAGUCAGUGCAGGAUGAAGGGGCAGAUGUCGUCAAGCCGCGCUCGUCCUCCAGUCUGUGCCGAGUCUACCACUGUGACAUUUGUGACCAAGACUUGACGCUCACAUCAACGGAGAUCCUCAAGCACAAAAGGCAGCAUAUGUACUCUUAAGUAACUAUUUAACAUAUUGCUUGUCUUUAAAAAUCAGUCACGGUUUCAAGUGCGGCGAAGAAAUGAACUUCAAGCAAGAGAGGAGCAUUUAAAAUAUAGAGUGAGGGUUUAAUAAUGAUACAAACCCACGAUAUGUAACACCUCAAAGCAGCACAUUGGCACAAAGUCAGAAGACAGCACGAAAGAUUUAAAAAAAAAAAACCUGCUUCAAAGGAGAAAAAAAACCCUCAAAAGAAUCUGAAUAAAUCUCAUUCAAUAAAUAAAACAGGUCAUAUCUCAUCAAUUACUUUGAAAAUAAUAGUUAUACUAAAUACUUUUGGAAAUAUGCACAUUGGCAGAAAUGAAAGAAGAUAAAUGGUACUGAAUACAGAGUUACUCAGGUAAAUCAUAAGGUAUUGAUUAAUCAAAUCAAAAGGCACAUUUAUUAAGAUGUAAGAACGGGCAGCCUGCGAGAGUGUGGACGGGAACGCCAUCUGUGCGUGUGAAGCGGAAGUAACAAACGUGUUUGUGUGCGUUUGUGCACGAUGGCUUCUUUUUACGGCUUUGGUCCAUCUGCGUCUUCAAGUCAACCAGUGGACGUGUGUGCAUGUCGUGUGGACGAGGACUGGGAAUGCCUGUCUACGUUCUUGGGGUUGAUUCACUCACAAAACCCAGAAAGAUCCAACGGUGGGCCACAACCACAAUCAUUUGGAUUAGACCAAAAUGUGGCUGCAAUCCAUUUUGGUCAGGAGACAGAACUUUCUGAAACCAUCUGAGGUUUCUGUUUUCAUUGCCAAGACUUUGCAGCUGCAAAGGAGAUUGAAGAAGAAGAAGAAAUGCACAGUGGCUAUAUUUAAGUGACUGACCGCAUUUAUGAAUUUUACUGACAUUGUCAGUACUUUUUCACGCCCAGACAAAAUAGGAGGACCAACUUUCAUGCUUGGGGGCUCACUGUCCUGUGUUUAAGGCAGGGGGUUUCAAACCUUGUGUGCACCCCCAACCACCACCAACACUGUACAAGGGAGAAUUUUUCCAAGGAUGACCUAAUUCCAAUUACACAUAACUACCAGUUGUCAAAAGUUGUCAUGUUAUCAGAAUAAAGUCAUUUUUC